CUAGCAUUGCCCGGCAGCACAGCUUUUUGGGCUCCACGGCGCUUGGUUGCGCGCGCAGACGCCCAGAAGGCUUGAGGAUUCUUCUCUCGCAUCCUCCUCAGCAGACGCAAGCUCAGGAGGCGCCACUCGCUCCGCAGCGAGACAGCUGCUCUCACAGAUUUGAAUCGCAGCAAAUCGCAGCAGCCAUGUAUCAACCGGCGGACCAAGGUUUCGCCACGUAUUUCUUAGCCAUGCUCGCCGACGAAGAUCGAAACGUAAAAUACGCCGAGGCCAUAAAACAGUGCAUCGGCCAGUUCCGGAAGCAACAGGGCAGAGCUCCAUUAGUCUUAGAUCUCGGCUGCGGCACGGGCCUAUUAACACGAUUAGCUUUGAUGCACGGCGCGGCGAAGGUCGUCGGCGUCGACACGAACCACACGAUGUGCUCACUCGCGACAAGGGCCCUGAAAGCCGCAAACAUCCCAGCAGAAAAGUAUGAAAUAUACCACGGCACGGUAGAAGAAUAUGCGGCCGAUAAAGAUGUCAAGUUCGACGUCAUGGUCUCGGAAAUUUUGGGUACCCUACAUACCUCUGAAAAUCUACCCGAGUAUGCCAAGCAAGCUUCUAAAUAUUUAAAUACGUUUAAGUUACACGGUUACGACACGUGCACCUACGUCGUGCCUUCCGUAUGUUCUACUUAUCUGAGAACGGUGGUCGUGAGAGACGACACGACACUCCCGCCCGUCUGCCAAGCGUACGGCCGCGAACUAUUGAAACAGUGCACGGCCGCACCGAGCUGGACGCCGACGAACGAACUAGGAGCCUAUUUCCUGGAACGGUGCGACGUCGAGGGUCGCGUGGAAGUCCGCACGGACUUUUUUGGGAAGGUCCCUUUUCAGAAGCACGAGGCGCUACGGUCCGCGGACUCGUUGGAGUGGCCCGAGAGCACCGAUGGUGUUGAUUUAGUAGUGUUGGAAUUUGAAUGUAUUUUGUGGGGCACUAUCCGACUGCACAACACGAUCGACACGGUGCGGGAGAUACAUGAGACGAUCGGAGCGGCGGAGGCGCUGGGGCGGUACGACGCGUGGGGCUUUUUAUGUGCUUCUGUCGAUUCGAGAAGCGCGACGGCCAAAUUAACUUCUUAUUCGGCGAACGGGUUACCUGCUAUCAGGCUAGGUAACUUAUCAAUAAGCGCGGAGAUCAACGAGGUGUCCUCGCGGCACGCUGCUGAGUUGCGAGCGUUAGCUGAUUAUACCGUCCCGGAGAACAAGGGCGAGAAGUGGCUCUGCGAUAGGGACGCGCCUCGAGCCUUGUACUUACAGUCCAUAGGGGCCGACGUUGUACUGUAUGAGCCCGACGCCGUCUGUCGACGCUUGGCCGAAAGGCAGAGUCCUGAUUUAAGAACAGCAAAUACGUCGAGAGGGGUCCGAUCGCUCUCGGAAGACCGCAACGCAGCUACUGUGCAGGACGCGUACCGAGCCGACGAGGUCAUGACCGGCGCCUCGCAGAGCGCCGCCGUGCGCGCGUUCGAUAGUCUAGAAGUGAAGUGGCCCGUCGUCGAACGCCGGCUCUCGAAAAAGAUGGUACCUUUAUAUCACUGGUGCGCCAAAUGGUCGCCUGGCGCGCCGGAACCCAUACUAGUCGGCUUGGAAGGCAUCAUCCCGCAAUGCGAUCCUUCCAAGAGUGUGCAGAAGACGUUGCGGUGUGACGACAACGGCGCGCACUGGUGCCUGGACCUGCUAGGGAACGCUCCCGCCAACACUCCGGCUCGCUCGUUUGUCUGCGCGCAAGUGAAGAGGACCGAUGGAGGGAGACGGGAGGAUCUCGCGGCAAAGCACGCGAGGUGCCAGGUCUUCGGUCCUAGGAUCUUGGACGUCAUGGCCGUCGACGGCCAGGAGCACUGGACGGACGAGACCUGGUCCUGCGAAAGCGAACCGUCGAAGGGCACCGUCGUUUUUCGUAGUGAUUGUGAGCUGCCCGUCGACGAGGCGCGGCGGUCCUGGUGUUACUCUUGGGCCCCCGCCGCCGCGGAGGCGCUGGCGGUCGGCGCGGCGGUCGAGGCGCGCUUCCGCGGCGACGUCGAGUGGUUCCCCGGCAAGAUCGAUGGUGUGAACGAGGACGGCACCUACGCCGUCGCCUACGACGACGGCGACCGCGAGGAGCGCGUGGCCCCGGCGCUCGUCCGGGCCGCGGCGAAGCCGGCGGCGAAGAAGCCGGCGAAGAGGGCUCGCAAGAAGUAGGUUUGUAUAACAUCGCGUCGUGUUAUCGGUCGCAUCGACGUCGUGGGGGGUUGCGU